ACACAACCACCUAAAUAAUAAUAAUUCGUUUCCCGUGAUAAAUCGUUCGACGUUAUCAGGGUCAAGCCGCAGUGUCUGUAGAUCGCGUGAGCUGUUCCGAGUGUCGUUGUCUGUGUUAUUGUUUCUGAGCAUUAUCAUCGUCGUCGUCGUAGUCGUUUUUAAUUUCGAUUUUAUUAUUAUUUAUUUUUAUAAUAGGGUUGUAUUAUUACUCUUCGGAUUGCAAUAAUCGUAUCCGUUCGGUCGCGUGUCGCCUACUUCCGUCGUCUACGAUUCGGUGAUCAGACAUUAUAUUAUUAUUGUCAAUUGACAGUCUGCAGAGCACCAGGCCACCAACACGUACAUAAUAUUACGUAUACUAUGGCUCCGAACCAGAUCCGUUUGUACAAAAUAAUUGAAUAGCAUUUUGUAAUGAACACAUUAUCGGAGUCUGAUGUCAUUGAAGAAUCUCUCCAUGUUUCUGAAAUUACCCAAAUGGCUAAUGAUAAUGAGUUAAUAUUAUCGCCAAAAAAACAUCUGGUUUGCUUUGCUACCGUUAAAGGGGAUUGUUUAGUGACAAAAAACGGUGCAUCGUAUGCUGGGAUUAAGGAGUGUCUGCUCAGUGAUCGAAUGGUUGAUAAAGACCAACCAAUUGAAAUUCAAAUUACAGACUCUGCAAUUCCUGACACUGAUAUUGAUAGCGGAAUGGAAUCUUCAGCAUCUAGCUGGGACCGAUCAGUUAAUGAAGUAAAAGAACAUGCAUUUGCUAGGCUCGAGGAAGAAUUAAAAAAAGCCAAUGAAACAUUAAAACUUAGAGAUGAAGAAGUGUCACGUUUAAGUAGAAUACGUGCUGAUGUCGAAUCAGAAUUAGAAGAAUUAACUGCUAGUCUAUUUCAAGAAGCUCAUAAUAUGGUGAAAGAAGCAAAUUUACGCCAGGCGGCUGCAACCAGAGCAUUAAAAGAAUCUUCAAUGAAAGUUGAUGUGUUAUCUGCUGAAGUAACUGCAUUAAAAACUCUUGUUCUAACUUCUACACCAAGUCAUCCUAAUUUAUCAAGAGAAGACAGUAUUUCGAUGCCAGGAGGACUAAGUGGAGUUGGAUUAUUUUAUCGUAAACAUAAAAGAUCUCCCUCCCACAAUAACCUAAAGUACGGCCGAGAAAAUUCACCGCCGGAUUCUCCGCUAAAGCAAAAGUCUAAUCAAUCAGUAACAGACACAGACAAUUUAGACAUAACUAAUAGCGCUGAAAUUGAUCCCAAUGUGCACCGUGAAUUUGUUCUUUGGAUGAAAUCUCCUACUUUAGACAAAUCAGAUGCCUUUAUAAGUCGAAUAUACAGAGAAGAUAUUGAUCAAUGUCUAGAGUUUAAUAAUUCAACUUUGGCAAUGGAUGUUAGAAAUGCAAUAGAAUGUGGGAAUCUUUUUAUUGAGUCUAUGGACAAGUCAAAAUCUCAUUUUCCCAAUUUUUCUAAUUUUAGAAAAUGUGCUCUGAUGGAACUGCCAUUGCUUUGUCUCUAUAGAAUGAAUUUAGGAGGAUCAGAUGGCGAAUGCUAUUGCAUAUCACAAAUUUGUCGAAAUAGAAUUACUGCGGUAUGUGAUUUCCUCAACUACCUUAGAUACAUUCAAAGGGGCUUGGUCAAAAGUCUAGAAAAUGAUAUGUACUGGGAAAUCGUAAGACUGCGGAAACAGAUGAUGUUGGCUAAGUUGGGCCUAGCUUUGACAUCGUAAUAUUGCUAAUGUGAGGUAUUAAAAAAAAAAAGUGUAAGCUAGUAAAAAAACGCGAGCGUUAAAAAAAUGAAAAACAGAUUUUGAAAUAUUGUAGUAACAUUGUCGAACCACGGUCGAACGGAUAAAUAAUACAGAUGUAACGUGUAAUUUUUGUGAUCAUAUCUUGUGAUUUUUUUUAGAUUUUAUCGGAUACUAAGUAUGUACAUUGUACAUACUACAUAUAUUAAUUAUAAUUUAAGUCGGAUGAUAAUGUGGACCGAAAGCGCAAGACACCUUAAAACGUACAUAUAUAUGUCUUAUACUGAAAUAUCUAAAACAACAGUAACUGCCGGAUAAAUGUUAAGAUAUUUACCUAAAGCUUCUUUGGCCACCACCCACCUAUCUACUUAGUUUUUAUAUUUUUACUUAUCUCUGUGCAACUAUA